UAUUGUUUAAAAUGAAAUUUGUUUUAAUACUUUUUGGUUUGUUUUUUUGCGUGGAAUUUAUUAUUUGUAGACAAUUUGAUCAAAGAGAUUGUAGCAAACCACCAAUGAUGGGAACCUGUUCAAACCCUAAUUCAUUUACGUCGUAUUACUGGGACGAACAAGAGCAAAAAUGUAAAGGAAGGCUUUUAGCUAUGGGCCCAGGAUGCCAAAUGACCAAAAACUCAUUUGAAAGGAAAAGAAACUGUAGAUAUGUAGCUGGACCAAUAUGCAGUACCAUUGAUUGCAUGUGUAGGCAAUCGGGAUGACAAUUUUAA